GUCACCAUGAGCCUCUUGUCAUGCGAGUCCAUCUGUGUUUUCCUGCUUUCCCAAGUUUUGCUGGUGUGGGGUAUACAAGAGAUUCAUGCUGACCAGGAGAUGAUCAGCAAGAUCUCAGCUGCUGGCCAGUUGAUGCAGUGCUCUGCUUCGUUUGAUGUCCUUUUCCUCUUGGACGGCUCCUACAGCAUUGGUAAAGGAAGCUUUGAAAGGUCUAAGCGCUUCACAAGCAAGCUCUGUGAUGCCUUGGACAUCCACCCAGACAGGGUCCGCGUGGGUUUGAUACAGUUCAGCUCAACUCCUCACCUUGAAUUCCCGCUGGAUUCAUAUGUAACCAAACAAGAAGUGAAAGAGAGAAUCAAGAGGAUUGUGUUCAGAGGUGGGAGCACAGAGACGGGUCGGGCUCUGAAGUACGUUCUCCGCAAGGGAUUCCCUGGUGGCAGAAACUCGAGCGUCCCUGAAGUCCUGAUCAUCAUUUCAGAUGGCAAGUCCCAGGGCAGCACCGUGAUGCCCGCAAUGCAGGUGAAGGACAGACACAUCACGGUUUUUGCAGUGGGAAUCAAGUUUCCAAGGUGGGAGGAGCUGCACAUGCUGGCUAGUGAGCCCACUGAGAAGCAUGUGGUCUUUGCUGGGGAUGCUGAUGAUGCUGCCAACGGCCUGUACAGCACCCUCACCGGCUCUGUCUGCAGCACCACCGCUCCAGGUUGCAGAGUUGAAUCCCACCCUUGUGAACGCAGCACCCUGGAGACUGUGAAAGAGCUGGCUGGAAAUUAUGUGUGCUGGAAAGGCUCAAAGCAGCCAAAUGCAGUCGGGGCUUCGUUAUGCCCUUUCUACAGGUGGAAGAGAGUCUUGAUAAAACACCCAUCCAGAUGCUUCCGAACUGUAUGUCCAGAUCCUUGUGACUCCCAGCCAUGCCAGAAUGGGGGCACGUGUGUCCCAGAGGGACUGGACAAAUACCACUGCCUGUGCCCAGUGGGGUAUGGAGGAGACAUCCACUGCGCACCAAAGCUGAGCCUGGAGUGCAGCGUGGAUCUCCUUUUCCUGGUGGACAGCUCGUCGGCAGUCACGCUAGAAGGGUUCUUGCGCUACAAGGCAUUCCUCAAGAGGUUCCUCCAAGGAGUGAUGGGCCAGGACUCGCCAAUGAAAGUGGGAGUGGCCCAGUAUGAUAGCAGUGUUAGGAUACCCAUUGAAGUGGAGCAACACAAGGAUGCAGUCAGUCUCAUGAAGAGGAUUGAUGCUUUGAAUUUCAGUGGAGGAGGAACCCUGACAGGCAGAGCCUUGCAGUACGUUGCACAGCACGGUUUUAGGAGCACCCCCGUCUUUGCAGACAUGCAGGAUGAUAUCCCACGUGUGGUUGUCUUGCUCACUGACUCCAGGUCCCAAGAUCCAGUGGCAGAAGCUGCCAAGUACACAAGAGACCAAGACCUCUUCUUGAUUGGUGUAGGCAGCAGCUUCAUGAGAGCAGAGCUGACCAAGGUGACUGGCAGUCCAAAGCAGACAAUUGUCUACUCUGAUCCCCAGGACCUGUUCAACAGGAUCCCGGAGCUGCAGAGAAAAAUCUGCAGUGUGGACAAUCCUGGAGGCUGCCAGGCACAGUCUCUUGACUUGGCAUUUGUGGUGGAUGCUUCAUCUGCAGUUGGCCUGGAGAAUUUCCUGCAGCUGAGGGCCUUUGUCAGGAGCAGCUGUUCACAUUUCAGCAUCAACCGGGAUGUCACCCAAAUUGCCCUUGUGAUCUAUGGCAGCAGAGCUCACACUGUGUUCGCUUUGGACACCCACACAAGCAAUUCUGCUCUCCUUCAAGCCAUCGAACAGGUGCCUUUCCUCGGGGGCUCGGGCUCUGCUGGCAGCGCCUUGCUGCAUGUUUAUGGUGAUGUGAUGACAGUGCAGAAAGGAGCAAGACCUGGUGUCAACAAGGUGGUGGUGCUGCUCACAAGCAGAGGUGGCAUGGAAGAUGCAGCUGCCCCAGCUCAGCAGCUGAGGAACAAUGGCAUCUUGGUGUUUGUGGCUGCCAUUGGGGAUGCAGAGAGGGACGUGCUGCUGAGGGUUGCUGGGUCUCCCAACUACCUGGUCCACAUCUCCUCCUAUGAGGACCUGCAGUAUUACCAAGACCUUAUCAUCAAAAGAAUUUGUGAAGAAGCAAAAAGCCCCGUGAACCUCUGCAAGCCCAACCCAUGCAUGAACCAGGGCGUAUGUAUCCUUGGGCCUGGGAGCUACCGGUGUGAGUGCCACGGCUGGGAAGGACCCCACUGUGAGAGCAGAGUUCUCCGGGGUGAUUCUCCACGAUCCCCAGUCCUUCCUCCACACUCCCAUGUGCAGUGGACUCCAAGGGCUUUGCAGCACUUCUCCAGAGCCCCCCGGCACACCAGAAGACACAUGGAUCAUGGACACUGACACAGAUGCACUGAGUGCUCCAGUUCUCCAUCCAGGAACACUGCCAUUCUUAGGCACAACCUAGCAAGCCACCACUGUCCCUGGCAGUGACUGAGAUGCUCCAGCACAGGGACUGUGCUGAGGCCAUUCCCAGUUUCUGCAUUGCACAAACUGGGCUUCCCAGUGCUCGCUUUCUUUUGUAAUUGCAGUAAAUAUUUGUGUUUAAGUAUUUACUGUUGACAUUUAGCAUUUCCUCAUUCAGGUUCUAGUGCUGUGUGAGUAUUAUUAUUUCUUUAAUGGACUUCUUAAGAGAUCUUUCAGUCUAAAAAUACGGGGAAGUCUGAGCAACUCUGGAGCUCCUGCUAGGGGUAUAAUGUAGAUAAUGCACUGGCAGAGGAGGUGCUGGAGUGAACGGUUUGCUACACCCAGGAAGACAAAUAAGAGGAAGGAGAAAUGGUUAUGAGCCUCUAUUCUGCUUUUGCCCAUGCUGCUUUUUUCUCUGACUUUAUUUGGGCUGAUUGAAUAUGGUUUAGCUUCACAGUCAUUUGUAAGCAUUAAUAAGGAGAGGUUUGAAAAGCAUGGGUUUGGCAAGAGCAUCGAAUGGUUUAUGCAGCUCCAAAGAGCUGGGACAGGCAGUUUUUCCAUAGAUGCAUUGACUGAUUUUCUCCCACAUUUAACCCAGGUCAAAUCUAGUUAGCAGGGCUUCAAAUACACCAAGUAAGGGCAAUCCCCCACCGUUUCCAAGCAAAGAUCUGUUCUGUUAUAGGCUCUGGAUGGAGCCAUAGUUUGUUCCAUCCUGCUGGUCUUUGGCCUUUGUCUGUCUGCUUUCAGGUUUAACUCCCUGCCCAGCCUCAUUGUUAUCUGCCAGCCACAGUCUGACCUGGAGGGGACAGGACCAGGACAACCUCCUGAGUGGCUUCACAUGGGUGCUUGGACCAGAAUAUGUCAGAGGGGAAAGAAGGCUGAACCUUUCUUCCCUGAUCCCAUCUACCCUUUCCUUUCUCCUCCUGCAGGCCACAUCUUUACUCUCUCCUUUACCCAUACAUAUUUUUCUCUUAUUCAUUCCUUUUUUGCACAUUCCAGGUCAAGCCCCACCUCAUCUUUUUGGUGCUGUUUCCAUGGCUUAGAGCUUUGCCAUGUUACUUAGCUCUCUUUUCGGAGAACAGGAACAGCAUGCUUGUCCUGGCCUGAACCCGGACAGGCAAGCUGAAUGGCAUUUCUGCCUCCCCCUGCUGUUUAAACUGAUCUUGUCCCUGGCACAGCAGACUAUAGCACAAGCUGGGUCUCUGGUGUGUUGUGGUGGUUCACGUGUCUCCAAAGACAGUUUGGCCACUUGCCUGCAUCCUUUGGAGCAUCCUCCUCAGUGGAUCACUAGAUCAAUUCGCCCAUGAUGCUGUAAAAUUGCUCCCUAGGGCCUGUGCUUCACACUGUGGGGCUUUUCUCUGCUGCCUUUCCCAUGGUGUUCAUUACCUUGGGAGAGCAGGAGCAGCUCUGGACAGGGCUGAGGCAGAGACAUUAACUGUGGUUGCCAGCACUCCUGAAAAUAGCAUCUAUUGUUCCUAGAAGAAGAAAAAUGCCUUCACCCAGAUGUCCUGGCCCUGUGUGUGAACAGUAACAUUAGAUGUACAAAGCGAGACACAAAUUACUCCUCAGGUCUGUUGUCAAGAGAAGAAUGGUCUAAAAGCACUCUCAGGGAUGAAAACUGGCACUG